AACAGUUUAUUUUAGAGAACGAUUUCAAAUCAAACAUUGAAUUCUUUAAACUGUAACCGCUAUAUUUAAUUAAUCGUUUCGGUUUUGCUGUUCGAUCUAAGGUCUGCAAUAUUGCUUAAACAAUAUAUUCAAAAUUUCGUUGAAGAUUGCGUUUGUACAGUUACAUUUAAAUUUCUCAAAUGAACUCAGAUUUGAGAAUUGCUUGAAAUGAUUUUGUCUUAAUUUAUUAUUUUUUUAAGAUGGUGAUUCUUUUUCAAAUUUUUAGAUAUACUUAAAAAAAUGGAAUUAAAUGAUGAAUCGACCGAAGACUUUUUGCGGAUGCAAGGCCGGCAUUGGAAUUUACACAAUCAUUCAGAAGGUUCUCGAUGUGAAUUAGCGCGUAAUAUUCCUUUUCGUGAAAGACGCCGAGAUGAUGCACAGGCGAACAAACAAAAUCUUAAAAUGAAUGUUCAAUAUGGUACUGUAUCAAAAAAUAUUAAUUUUUCCCUUCCCAGAUGUCUACUUUUUCGAGAAACUGGGAUGACUUCACAAACCGAUUUUAGUAAUCAAGUUAUGAAACUGAAAUUGAAACAGUUAAAGCUAGUGAGCUGUAGUAGAGUUGAUUUUUCUGAUUAUGUUAAUUGCUAUUAUGUCAAAGGAUUUAGAAAAGAUUUGCUAGGAGCUUGGUCAUAUCAUGAAUAUUCAGCAACUCUUCUCAAAUCAAUAUCAUUUCAAUAUGCUAAUUCAGAUUCCAAAAACAACAAGUUGCAGUCUAGUGUUACUGAUAUCUAUUGCGCUGACAUUGUAACUUUACCCAGUUAUAAAGUAUUUGAUCUAUGUGGACUUUCUUGUGGUGAACAGGAUUAUGUUUUAUAUGUUGCUAAUUCAUAUUCAAGGCAUAAAAAUAUAGCCCAUUUGGCUCGAAUUGGUGUGAAUGAAUGGGGCGAUCUGCAAGAUGAUAUCGUUCGACGAUUUGAACAUAAAGAAAUAUUAUGGAGUUGUUCAUGGAACAAUUUUAGGCAGCGGUUUGCCAUUGGUGCUGAUAGAGGCUUCUAUCUGCAUGAUUAUGAAAGUUUUUCAAAAAAGAUUGAUCUUCCUAAAGGUCAACCAUAUUCUUUAGAUUUCAAUAAAGAUGGAAAUAUGUUAUAUUGUGGUCUUCACAAUGGCGAUCUUCUUUGCUUUGAUCUUCGAGUUGAGCCUAAAGUUCCUUCUCUGACAGUUCCUUUAUCAAAAAAUAUCUCCAACAUCAAACUUCUCUCUGAUGAACAAACCGUGAUAGCAAGUGGUUUCAACAGUGUUUUAUUUAAUGUUGAUCUUCGUACUAAGAAAGCUGUGUUUCAGUAUCCAAAUCAUUUUAGCUGUUACAAAAAGCUAAUAUUUAGUUUAAGUGAAUCUCUAAAUGUAUUGUGUGCUUCUGGAGAGGAUAAUAUCACCAGAUUAUGGUCCUUGAAAGAUGGAAAGCUUUUACAUACCCUUUCCUUACCAAACAAGGACUAUUGUGGUCAGAUUAAUUCUUUCUUUGAAGCAGAAGGUAGGAGAAUAUUUGUUCACAUACUACUUGGGGAUUCUAUACAUACAUAUGAAACUUUGGAAGAUGAGAGUGAAGAUAAACAAGUUUUACAACUCAGUGCCCGACCUCUCUACUAGUCUCGUCAUUAUUGGUGAUUUUUUUUAAAAAUUUUUUUGGUACAUUUUCGUUAGCCCAACAGCAGUUACUGCCAAACAUCUUUUUUCUCUUAGCAUAUCUUAUGCUAAAAGGGGAAGUACUUCAAAUAUAAAAAGUACUUAUUGUGGUCGUGUUUCUUGGUCGAAGGUUGCAGUACUUCUUGCUAUGCUAGUAUACAUUUUAGUAACUAUUGCUUAUUAAAAAAUGUUUGUAUUUCCACUGUUUUCAGACUAAUUGGAAAAUACAUGUCAUGUUUUCCAGCUAUAAAAUGAAUAAGCAAUAAUAGUUAGUGAAAAUUUGAUGAUUGUGCUGGAAAUGAUUAAAAAAAGAUGGUGAUUUUUAAUGUUUAUAUCUUAAUUUGCUAGAAAUGUUUGUUUCACUUGUUCUAUUUACAAUUUGCCUUGUUUUUGAAAUAUUUUUCUUUAAGUUGAUUGUUUAGUUGCCAUCAUUUUUCUUGUUAGAUUUUUUUUUUAAGUUUUGUGUAGUAAAAAUUUUACUUCCUGUGGACUGAACUUUCCUUUUAAUGCAAUUUAAUUGUAAAUAAUUUUCGUUGGUGCAAUCUUAUUUUUUAAAAAGAUAUUCAGGUGUAAUUUUUAUCAAAUGUUAUUUAAAAUCAUGCCUGAAUUUUAAUUAUGAUUCAAUAAUUUCAAAAUUAACAAUAAAUUAAUCUUGAUGAUAGUAUAACUGUUUUUUUUUUAUUGUUAUUAUUAUUACACUAGCAUCUGCUUUUGACUAAUAUUAACUUUUUUGUUGCUUCCAAAAUUUUCUUUUAAAGAUUUUCCUUCUAAAAAAAAAAGGAAAUGUGCAGAUAUAAAGAAGUAUGGUGUUUAAGUGAUAUUGCAUAUUAUUUGUUUUGAAUAUUAUACAAAACUGAUAUUUUGUAUAUUAUUUAAAAUUUUGUUGUUCCUAUGUAUAUCUAAUUCAUUUUUUUGUUCAUAAUUUGCAUUUUACUAAUUGUUUUACAGAAAAAAAAGAACAUUUUUUUAAAAGUUUGCUGAGAAAUUGGAAUUGGCAGAAGACUAAUUUGCAUGUUUUUAUAUAAACCGAGUUUCAGUUUGUUAUAGAUAAAAAAAAAUUAUAGGUAUUUUUCUUACUACUUUGUCAUUUUUCUGACAUAUUGUAGAAAUUGGAAUUAUACUUUGAAUCCUUUUUGCAAGUUCCCCAAGUGUUAUUUGAGUAUACAUUUUCAAAUAUAUUUUACAUUAGCAUUCUAAAAUUAUCUUUGUUUAGUAACAAAAAAAAUGCUUUAAUUCUUUUAUCAAAUUGUAGAAACAAGAUUAAUAAAACACUUAUUAAAGUUUUUCUUAAUGGUUGUGUUUUCGACUACUUUGAUAAAAUUACCUUACUUUUGCAGAAUCAUUUUAACAAAUAAAACAGUAUAUGAAUUAUUAAAAUAUGUUAAUUAUACUUUUAUCUUCAAUAAAAAAAAUUUCUUAGUUUUCAUAAGAAUAAUUAAUUUUUUUAAACAAGUUCAGUAUUCAAAAUUUUCUUUUGAAUGAAAUAUUGUUUUGUAAUCAUUGCAAGAAUUCGAUAUAGUUAAGCAAUUGGAGAUGAUAUUAAUGUAGAGAGAUUUUAAGAUAUAAUAAAACUACAUUGUUUUUCACCCUAACACACACAAGAUUAUCUGAUUUUCCCCCCCCCCCUCAAAAUCGACUUUUUAACCAAAGUAAUUUUUUAAAUAGCGCGAGUAAUUUCUCAUGCAAAAGAGUGGAAUCAUUUCAAUUUUGUCUGACAAAUUUUGCAUAGGUACAACUUUUAAUAGUAUCUCUGUAAUUUAAUCGAAGCUUUCAUUAAUUGCAUCUAAUUAUUAUUUUGUAUUCAGCAUACAUAAAGAUUUUGAUUCCAGGUAAUAAAUUUAAUUGUAUUCCUGUAAUCUAGUAGUUACAUUCAAGUUAUCUUAAGUUAAAAUAAGAAAUUAUUGCUGAACGGCAUAAAAAAAGAAAUCCUUGUCUUCCAAAACCAUAAGAAAUUAAAUUUCGUGAUGAAAAUAUUUUUAUUUUAUUUUAUUUCAGUCUUAUUUAGGCUUCACUGUAAUAGUCCUUAAAAGAAAGUCUUGAAAUUUUAAGGGCGAGACAGUCAAAAGCUUCUAUUUGAGCAAUAAAAAUUGAUUUUUAUUAAAUGAAAAACUUUAUUUUAUUUUCCAUUGUUAUGGAAUUACUAUUGGAGAAGACUCAUUAGAAGACUAAUGUUUGUAAUCAAUUAAUAUGAUUUUGCAACUACAGAAAAGCAGUGGUUAAUGAUUUCUUUCAUUAUUCCAUGAUUGGGAAUUAUUAUUAUUCCUAUUAGCAACCUGCAUUUUGUUGAAAUGAUUUAUGUUGGUUUGGUUAAUGCUGAUGAUUCAUUGAUUUUUCAGAGUUUUUUCCUAUUAUCUUAUAUUAAAAUACUUAAGUUUUUACAUACUUAAUUAUUAUCUCUUAAAAACUAAGAUUUUUUUUUUUUUUUUUUGUGAUUGAACAUUUUAAAAAAUAUAUCACAAAACAGAUGUACACUGUUGGGAAAUAAGUAGUUUACCCGGCAUAUUUACAAAACUUAUAUGUGAUGUUUAUAAAUAAUUAUUUUGAUUUUAUUAUCUUAUUUAGCUAUUAUUUGGCUGUCAGAAUAUUAGAUAAAAGAAUAAUAAAUGUUUCUUUCAAAUAAAUGUUGAAAUAGAUGUUAUAUGUGAUUUAUCUUAGAUAGUUUUUUUUAAUGUAAGAUUGUUGUUAAUACUUCUAUUAUUAAUUGUGAUUUAAAUGUGAAAAACUGACUAUCUCUCAUUAUCCUCUGCAAUAACUAUUACAAACUUUUCAUUUUAUAUCCGUUAUUGAAAUAGUGCACAGUAGACAUUAUGUAAGCUCUAACGUUAAAUUUUUAUCAAGAUUUGUAUCAAAUAUAAAAUAGUGUAUAGUUGUGUUAUAAAUAUGAAUUAUCUUUUUUAAAAAUUUGAUAUUUAAUAUAAAAUAUGAUUAAUUUUCCUUUCAAUAAUAUAUUGUCUUGCAAUUGAUACAUGUUGUGCCAAUGUUUUUCAGAGAAAACAAUUUAUAUCAUAUAUUAAUUUUAAAUGCUACCUGAUGGUCCCAACAUUAAAAAUAAAAAUAAUCAAAUGCAAUAGUUUAGUGGAAUAUCCUAAAUAUUCAAAAGAAUUCUUAAUGUUUUUUUACAACAAUACACAUAGAAAAUAGCUUUGCAGUUAUUUAAAUGUAUUACUAAUAUAAAGUGCAUGCAUUAAUUUUUAAAGGUUUUCUUAAUUAUAUGAUUUCUGUUAUAAGUAAUUAAUUAAUGCAUACUCUCUUUUGUGAGCUACUGGAUAGUUGUUGGUUUUUAUUUUGUAGAAUAAUUAUGUCUUAUAACAAAUAAUCAGUAUUUUAUGUAUUUGAACACUAUAGACUUCUUACUAGGCAAGCACUAUGUGUUAUAGUACUAAUUUUCAUUUGAUAACUUCUCUUUUUUCUCUUUCUCCUUUCUUAUCUGCAAUUUUUUGCAAUGAAAAUUGUAGACAAGGCAAUAAUAUUUGUAGUAAUUUCAAUAGAGAAAUUUUGCUGCUCUGUAUCUUAAUGACUGUAAGAUUUACUUUUUCUGCCUGUCUGUUAUUGAAUAACUAUUUUGAAUUGUCUUUUCCAGAAAGUUUUGUUUAUUGUUAUCAAGUAUUUGUUAAUCGAUGUAUAAAUAUCAA